CUGGUGGGUGUGACCCGACAUUAUAAGUCCUACAGCAAAGGGAACACUCAUCUAGACUGGUUGUAAUGAAGGUCAGUCAUUGCGUGGACGACAGAAGAGACGCAAGGAACAAAAGGUGCGUUGUAGCUUCUCCAGGUAUAUAAACAAGAAAACAGAAGGCUAUAUUUGGCCUCAAAGAUGUGUUAGUAAGUGCUGGUUGAGCGAGGUGUGUCAUCUUCAGGUGUGAGGAGAGAUCACAAAACAAUUCUGCUGCUCCUUUGUAGCACUUCAAGAUUGUAAAUUAUGUGGGCAUGGGCUCUUUUGCCGAUAUCGGUGAUGGUAUGGGCAACAGCUGGAAUAUGGAUAGUGUAUGCAAUGUCAGUGACUAAUGGUUCAGUCAACAUCACAGAAGUCUUUCCAUUUAUCAGCACAUGUGGCUCAUACCCUCCCCAGAGUUGUAUAUUUGGACAAGUUCUUAACAUAGGAGCCAUGAUGGUGGCUUGGAUUGCUGUCAUGCGAUUUCAGCAAAUCAGGGACUAUCACUGCGACUCUUCUUUAAAUUCGGCCAGUCUUGCAAUGGGAUUGUUAUGUGCUUUAGGAACAUCUCUGGUCGGCAAUUUCCAGCAAUCCAACCAACUUGAAACACAUCUGGUCGGUGCUUUCUUGGCAUUUUUCAUUGGUACUGUUUAUUUCUGGCUGCAAAUAGUAUUAACCUACAAGAUAAAGCCAAGACAUGGCGGAUGCUGGAUUGGUCCAGUUCGAAUCAUCCUCUGUAUUGUCACCACCAUAUUUCUUAUCGCAAUGAUUGUGUGUGCUGCAUUCAAAAUGCCAUCGAUAGCUGCUAUAUGUGAAUGGGUUGUGGCCAUGGCUUUAUUUGUAAUGUUUGGACUGUUCGCUGUUGAUUUUUGGUUCAUUGAUGGACUCUUCAUUCACGUUAAGAAAAGGACUGCCAUUCCUAAUGAAAUACAAAUUUCCACUGUCACGCUGACUACGUAAGGAUUUGGAUGUACCUGCUGUAGAAGUUAGAACUAAAGUGCCUCUCCGGCUGGUAUUCGGAGAAAUCCAGGGGCAUUCAUCUACUGGGAUUUGCCAGGAUUAUCAUUCCAUUUGGAUAUCAGCCAAAGCACGCCCCAGUUACAGCCUGAGACUCUACAAAUUUCAGUAUUUUACUGUGAUUUUUCUGUGUCCCAUACAUUUCAAUCCAAAACUAUUUUUUUGUUUUGUUACAAAAAUGUGUUAGUGCAUAAAAUUAUAUGGCUUUUUAACUGUUUAAUUUGUAUCUCCCUCCCAAUUUAAGACAAGCUUUGUCCAUAUACUUUGUGAAUCUACCAAAAAAAGAUUUUAUAGUGCUUCUGACAAUCAGAUUUUAUCAACUUGGAAUAACCAAAUAUUUUUUAUUAUUUUGAUUUCUUUGUUAGCAACUGUAAUUUGCUCUCUGAUUUAUUAAAGGUAAACUGCAGGUAAAUAGAUAACUACA